AUGUCUACCUAUUUGAUUACAGGCACAUCACGAGGCAUUGGCCUCGAGCUCGUCAAGCAAUUGAUCGACCUGCCGUCGACACAAGUCGCCAACGUCUUUGCAGUGACCAGGUCCGAUCCAAGCGAAGGACUCCAACAGCUUAUCGACAAAUCCGAAGGUCGCAUCGUCAACGUCGUGAUCGACGACAUCUCCAAGGAAGCAAGCGUUGCGAAAGGAGUAGCAGAGCUCCAGCGACAUGGAGCUAACUCAAUCGAUGUAUUAGUCAACAAUGCAGGAAUCAUGCCCAUCACACCUAGCAUAAGGAAUAUGAGCGGCGACCAUCUGCGAGAUGUAUUGAAUGUCAAUCUUGUCAGCGCUCACGUCAUGACCCUAGCGUUUUUCCCACUGCUGCAGAAAGGCCGAGAGAAAAAGGUCAUCAAUAUAUCGACGACGAUGGGAUCCAUUUCUAUGACCCGAGACUACUCGUUUGCUCCUACACAUGCAUAUAAGAUCGCCAAGGCCGGUAUGAACAUGCUGAAUGCUCAGUGGGCGAUCGAGUUUGAGAAGGAAGGCUCUACGUUCCUCGCAGUAUCUCCCGGUUGGCUGCAAACCGACUUGGGCUCACAGAAUGCGGAUUUACCGGUAAGCACUGGCGUAGAGAGUGUCAAACAAAUCAUUCUCAACAGUACGCCCGCGCAAAAUGGUAAAUUCGUUAUAAUCAAGGUGCCUGGAUGGGAGGAUGCCGACGGACCCAAUAAGUACCAUAGCGGCGAAAGUCCAUAG